ACACGCGUAUACACGGCGACAAAAUGAAACGCGAGAAACAAGGCAGUUUUUUCCAAAUUCCGCCUCCAUCGCCGAGUGGUGCCAAAAUUGGGAAUCGUUGCCGUCUGCUUCCAUAACUGUGCUCGUGUGAAAUCGUCUGCUCGUAACGGUCGUCUGCAAGGAAUACCAGCUCGCCUCGUCUGGGCACUUUAAGUCGUCGUCUGCUUCACGCGACUUUCGUUGCACCUUCGCGUGGCUCCCCCUUGCGACCUCCUGACAACCAACAUGGCGUCUCCACCGGCAACAACAGCAGCCGACGGAACUCGGGUGCCCCGGGCCAAGUACAGCCGCAGCCAGCUGGACAGGCUGGAAGAGGUGUUCGGCCGCCGGCAGUUCAUCGACGGUCAGGAGACUGAGCAACUCGCCGGCGAACUGGGCAUCACCACCAAGCAGACCAGGACGUGGUUCCAGAACAAGCGUGCCAUGCUCCGGCGGCGAGCAAUCAGGAUUAUCGGUGACAGCUACGUGCCCAACCUACAGCCACCGGCAGGGUGCCCAAGGUGCUCCAACGCGCACCCGUCACCAUUGGCUUGCCCACGAGACACAGGGGACAGCCGCCAGUUGGCAUCGCCUGCGGUUGUGCCACCUGCGACCACGGUCGUCUGUCCCGGACUCCCGGUGCAGUCACAGACUCUCGCGGGAAACGAGACCCAACUGCAGCAGAGCCUGCCAUCGCUCGGUUCUUUUCACACAGGACACGACUUCCUCGCGAUUCCGCAGCCACGAUGGGACGGCAGAGUGUCUCGCGCGGUACCGUCAUCCGCGUUUCCCGCGCUGAGCAGCGGCGACGAGAAAGUCCUGUCUGCGUCGGUGGAACUUAGGCCUAACAUGGCGGCACCCUGGAACCGACAGUUCGGCAGCUUCGAGUCGCUGUAUCCGACCAGGCCGCCACCGCCUCCGCUCACCUCGUCCCUCAGCCACUCUGCGCCGUGCGUGUCAUACGGCGGGGGCCAAUCAGACCGCGACUACGUCCAGUACCAACAGUCCGGCGUCGCUGCUCCUGCGAGCACGUCGUGGCAAGGACAACCGCAGUGGCCGCAAGUGCAGCUUCCGCAGGGGCCACCGGAGAGCGACGUCCAACAGCGGGACUGGUGGUCGCCGGAGACGGUUGCGGCAGGCGAGGCCUCGGUUGGCGUCCAUGGCGAUGCCCGCGAGCCGCCAUCUUGGCAGACGGGUGGCGCUGGCCCCAGCACGUCAUCCGAAGGGAGCGACGAGUCCGUGCCCAGCAUCAGCAGCCUGAUGUCUCUCGUGCUGGAGUUGGAAGAUGCAGACAUCGAGAUACAGCGGUCCCGGCACUGGAUGAACGCUGCGGACGCCUGACCAAACAUCGUGACGUGCGAUCGGACUUACGAGUUGUCUCACAAAAGGCCGUCAUACGCGUGAACCCGGAAGCUUUACGGACAGACAGAGAAGCGCGACUAAACUCUUCCAUGAUAUAAUGAUCCCUGUGUAUAAUGAAUCGUAACGUUUUGCAGCCCAUAUCCGGCAUUGAGAAAGAUAAACAGCCAAACGCGUUUCUUUUUUCAGAAGUGUGAGCGUAAGCAGUGUUAUAACAUGCAUUUGUCGACUUGGUGGGGUAGAUGAAUAUGACUGUCCUUGAUAUUCCACAAAAGUCCAUGCGUCGCAUCACGCUAAGGUCAGGCCUCUGUUCUGCACCUUCGGAGCCUGCUCCCUAUUUGAAUUUAACUUACCUAAGGUGCGACAAUGUCUUCGAAUAAUCUGUGGCCGUACUUUGCAGCAUUACGAUUGUGAACG